UUCAUAGUAGCUUAGAGAAGUGUUUCAGUAACUCGCAGCAACAUGAAUGACUCAGGAAGCAUUAUAUUAACUAACAAGAAAUUCCAUCAGACAUGUAAUUAUUUUGAACUUCAACUAUUGGGUUGUAGAAUAACAACAGUGAUGCCUAGUGAUGAAGAAGAUAGAAGAGGAUAAAUUCUGAUGAGAAAACAAUCCCUUUUAUCCACAAUAAUGGGACAACAUUAUUCAUCAAUCCUUUGUAUUUCUUUAUUUUUUCAGACCCUACCUCUUUUAGUUAAAAUGGCAAGAGGUGAUGUAAAUAUUGCAGCUUCUAAUAAUAUCUACUGUCGAACCGAAAGGAAAAUUAAAUUGAAUUAUGUUUCUUAUCGUUACGACACUUGUGCAAGAUGUUACGAUUACUUACCCGACUGGAUAUUUUUUAAUAUAAGCUUCAAGUUUGUGUAUAAGGGCGAUGGAUAUUUAUAUGAUACUAAAGAUAAUACACGAUAUUUACCCGAUCCGAACAAUAAGAGUAACCCAAUUCUGUCCACGUUUUCAUCGAAAAAAUUCAUUGAAAAAUGGGUAGAGUGUUGUCAGGCUGCACUUAAUUGUUGUGAAGAAAUGGUAAGGAAUCCAAUGGAGUUUAAUGGAAUCUAUUGUCCGAGAACUUGGGAUGGUUGGCAAUGUUGGCCUGAUACUCAAGCGGGAACUAACGCUGUUGCACCCUGUGCCAAACAUGUUUAUUUUAAAAGUGAACCUCCUGCAUGCCCACGUUACGCAAUAAAAGAAUGUUUGCCCAAUGGUACUUGGUAUGUCAACAAUGAAUAUAAUAACGAAUGGACCAAUUAUGGAAACUGUGGACGUGUUAAUGAAGUUAGAAGAUUGCUGUACUUUCACAUUAUCACAUACGCUAUUUCAAUUGUUUUUCUGAUCCCCGCAUUAAUAAUAUUCAUGAUCUAUAAACAAUUGCAAGUACACCGAAUAACAAUGCACAAGAACUUAUUCGCUUCUCUAUUUCUGAAUGGUAUUUUUGUAAUUUUAUUCAAGUCUAUUGUUAUGCUGGACGAACUUGACAGCACUACCGAAGAAAAUACAAUUCUGGAAACUAACGAGGUAGGGUGUAAAAUAUUGUUAGUCCUGACAAAAUAUUUUCGUAUGACCAACUACAUGUGGAUGCUUUGUGAAGGAUUUUACUUACAUAAACUAAUUGCUGCGGCUUUUGCCGAGCAGAAGAGUCUUAUAAUGUUUUACCUGAUUGGAUGGGUUUUUCCUGCUAUACCAGUUUCUAUUUAUGUGACAUUAAGGAAGAUAUAUUCAGAUGAGAGGUGUUGGGCAAUCCCAGAAGAAACGUACGAAUGGAUAAUGAAUAUACCUAAUUUAUUAAGUCUUCAAUUGAAUUUAGCAUUUCUCUGUAAUAUCAUCAGAGUUUUAGUUACGAAACUUCGAGCCACUCAUGCAAAUGAACCAAGCCAAUAUAGGAAAGCCGUUAGAGCGACAUUAAUUUUAGUUCCAUUAUUUGGCGUCCAUUUUAUUCUUGUGAUAUAUCGUCCACAGUCUGGAAAAUGUGAAAUUUUAGAAGCUUAUACAUACAUUAGUCAUGCUAUGGAUGGAUUACAGGGCUUGCUAGUUGCUGUAAUAUUCUGUUACAUUAACGGAGAGGUCGUCUAUUUAUUAAAAAGAUCGUAUCAAAGGUAUAACCUUCGUCAAGGAGGAGAAAGUAGAAUUUGGAGUAGCAUAACCAUGAAGCGAAUGUCUACAACGACUCACAUAUCAUCUGUAGGAGAAACUCAGCUACCAAAAAAUCGUAUGGAAUUCGUGAAAAAAACCUCGUGUUAA